CCGCAAUGGCUGUCGCCCGCAGUGGACCCCGCAUUGUGGGCGGCAAGGAGACGAGCAUCGCACAGGUGCCGUAUCUGGUGUACCUUCGCCAGGGAGGAUUCUUCCUAUGCGGCGGCUCCCUUCUCUCGCCCACCGUCGUGCUCAGUGCGGCCCACUGCGUGUAUGGGGCUCAGCCCGAGGACUACACGGUCCAUGCCGGUGCCAGUCGGUUGGACCAAGCGUCGCCCGUGGUGCGCGGCGUGGCCAGCUUUCACCUUUCGCCCAGCUACUCUUCCACCAAUUUCGACAUGGACGUGGCCCUGCUGCAACUGAGAGAGUCCGUUCCCCUCUCCGCUGGCAGCGUGGCCACCAUUGCUGCCUGCCGCAUGCCGCCGGACAGCAAUGCCUAUGCCAGGAUCAGCGGCUGGGGAGUGACGCGCGAGAACAACCGCGAACCCGCCGUCCAGGUUCGUACGGCCAUGGUGCGGAUGCUGCCCGGAGCAGAGUGCCGGCUGUCUUACGCCGGAGUGGCCAAGAUAAGUGAUUCCAUGAUCUGCGCCUCGGUGCGCGGCCUCAGGGACUCGUGCUCGGGCGAUUCGGGCGGUCCGCUCGUGUAUCGCGGUCAGGUGUGCGGCAUUGUCUCCUGGGGAUUUGGCUGCGCCCGCUUGGCCUACCCUGGAGUCUACACCAGUGUGGCCAGUGUCCGUGUGCGCUCCUUCAUCGAGAGAACGUUGCAGGAGAUUGGCAGCUAGCAUUGGGGAUUCAACAGAGUAAUGAUCCAUAUUGAACUGCAUUCUCAUAUCCCCCCGCCCGAAAAGGUCAGUAAAACUGUGGGAGAUAUGAGAAAGAGUCAGCUCUAGCCGGGCUUCAAUUUAAAUUCGAAUUCCAUUUGGCUGAUGAACUCGUCGCGAUAAAUCCAGACAAAAUGGUUUGAUUAAAGUAAUUAUUAUUUGCGCAAUAA